AUGCAUCAUAGAGCCCCAAUACUCUCGGUCCUCGCCGUCGUCGCGACAGCAGCAGCAGCAGCAGCGGCGGCGGCGGCGGAGCCAUACACCGGCGGCGAUGCUUCCGGUUGCGGCAAGAAGCACUACUUCGACGGCCUGCCGCACUACCACGCCAUCUCAUCCGGCGGCACCACCCGCCGAUACAGCGUACACCUACCGUCGACGUACGAAGAGGACAGGGCCUAUCCUGCCAUCCUGGGCUUCCACGGCUCCAGCAGCAUAGGGCUCUUCUUCGAGGCGGACACGCGUCUGAGCUCGGCACGCUUCACGCCCGACACGAUAACCGUAUACCCGGACGGGCUGGGCGGAGCUUGGGCCGGGGCCAACUACUCGGACGCCACCACGACCCAGGACCUGGACUUUGUCCUCGACCUGCUGUCCGAUCUCAGGCGCGAAUACUGCGUCGACAGCGCUCGCAUCUACGCGACCGGCAUGUCUAUCGGCGGGGGGUUCGUCGACACGAUUGCGUGCAGCGAAAGGGUCGGUCGAGAGUUUGCCGCCUUCGCGCCCGCCUCGGGGUCGUUCUACACGGACAACGACGACAGCUACCGCGACUGCCGUCCUGCGCGGGUCCCCACGCCCGUGCUGGAGAUCCACGGCGGUGCGGACGAGGAGGUCCCGUAUGAUGGGGGACCUGGUAGCGGUGGUCGUCUGCCAUCUAUUCCGCAGUGGGCGUCUCGCUGGGCGGGCAGGAACCUCUGCGAACACGAGACCGAGUCAGACCUGUUUGAUGGACAUGUGCGACGUCUGAGCUGGUCAUGCCAAGGUCAUGAGGGCGCCGUGCAGCACUACAGGACCGAUGACCAGAAGCAUUGCUGGGCUUCGACCGAGCCCAACUUCUCCCAGGUUGCGGCUGGUGACGGUCCGACGUAUCUGGAGGCCAGUGAGUUGAUUGCUGAGUUUUUCAGGAAUUUCACGCGUCCGAGUUGA